AUGGCCGCGCGACGCCCUGUGCUGGUCGUCCUUGCCGUGGCGGCAUGCGUCUGGCUGUUCUCCGCCAGCGCUCCUGAAGCUGAGGAGGUCUUCGUGGUCCAAAGCCCUGCCCUUCGUGGCCAGGCAGGUGCCUUUGCCGGCAGCAGCAUCGAGCUCGCGGCGGUGGAAUCACCGGUGGUGCUGAAGGCUCUUCCGGAGCCUCGCCCCAACGAUGCCAUGCUGCCGGUUGAGCUGAACAGGAGACGAAUCCGAGCUUUGGCUGCUGGCUGGGGCGCAUUGACGCUCCUCUUUGGGAGCAAGUUCUCGGUCCUCUUCACGGAGGCCCCUGCUGGCUUCACUGGGUUUGUGGACGAUUCCGACGUCUUCGAGGAACAGGAUGGCGAGCCGGAACUGCGGGAGAUGCUGGAAACCGGGGGAUGGCCCCGGGCUUCGAUUCCUGAGCACCAGGCCUUCGAGAUCGCAGCCUGGCUGUGCUGCAAUGCAAGGCAGCCAAGUUCACUCGGCCGCAUGCUGGCCUUCGUGAAGCGGGCAAACAACGUGCUGAAUCUCCUGGGCAAGAACAAAGGCCGGCUGGUUCUCUACUGUGAAUCGGAAGACUGGAUUCGCAGGAACAACGUGCUGCUGCGCGCACCAACAGGUGUCGAGAUUGGGGAGAGAUACGUUGCCGAUCAGAAAGUCCUCUGUGACUGCCUCCACCAUCUGCUAGUGGAUCAACAAGGAUGGCUCGGGAUGGCGGACAUUAAACGCCUCUUCCGUGCCCGCUUUGGAGCCGAAAUCAGCGAGACAGCUUUCGGAUGCGCAUCGAUGACAGAGCUGCUGUCGCAGCCUUUCAUACGGGCUCGCUUUCACUUUCAACCGGACUGGGAGCGUGGCUGUGGAUAUCUCAGCUUUCGGAGGACGAUGCCGCGCCGCCGGCAAUGCAACAUCCGCACCCUGCAGGACAGGAUGAUGGUGCUGCGCCACUCUGAAGCUGCUGUCGGCUCGAUGCUGAAGUCUUGUUCUCAUGCGGCAUCGGCAGCCACUUAUGACAAAGCUGCGGAGAAGGAGCAUGAAGUGAUCUCGUGGCAGGGAUUGCGCACACUGUCUCCUAUGUACAUCCCUUCGAGUCACAUCCAGACUCCGCCGCCACGAGCACAGAACUUGGGUGGAUGCGGAGAUGCCGCUGAUCUUCUCACACCGGUGAAGCGUAUGCCGGGAAGGAAUUUGCACGAGGAGACAAAUGACGAUAAAGAGCAGGAGGUGGCCGAGGCUCCGCACAUUUCACCUUUGCCGCCUUGGUGCUCUGUCAAGCGCACCUUCAUCAACUGUGACGGGGUUCGAGGCGAGUCCUCGCCGACAUCGCGCUCUCACUCAGCUCCCUCGCGCACAGACGAAUCCAGCCGCCAAGAGAAGCACUGGACCAAGAUCGAUUGA